AUGGGAGACGCAUCUAAGGGCAUGAAUGCUUUUGUACGACUGUUACACACUGAAUUCUCUCUUAAAGACAUGGGAGCUCUUCACUAUUUCUUGGAAGUUGAGGUCACUCACUCUAAUAAACAACAAGUUGUGUCUCACUCCAUUGCCGAAGCUGAGUACAAAGGGUUGGCUGCAGCAACAUCUGAUGUUACUUGGUUGGUUUCAUUAUUGAACGAAUUGAAUUUUUGUUCUACUGAUGUUCUUACUGAAAAAGUGUUUGAUGGUUCUCUUCUUGUUGGUGAAGUUCCGGCAUACGAUCAGGUUGCAGAUAUUCUCACAAAGCCUUUGUCGGCAUCACAUUUUACUCAUUUUCAACAACUUCUUCAAGUCUUUUGUGUAAGUCUAGAGUACCUGUUCUUGGAUGCCAAUUUGUCUGAAGGGCCUAUUCCUCCAUCUUUGAGUUCAUUGAGGGGUCUUGAGGCAUUGGAUGUAUCCAACAAUAAUCUUUCAGGUGGGGUUCCAAAAUUUCUUAUGAGGUUUGGAGCUUUAAAGUAUUUAAAUCUCUUUUUCAAUAAUUUUGAAGGAGUGAUACCAAGUGAAGGAGUGCUCAAGAAUGCAAGUGAUAUAUUUGUUGAGGGAAAUAGUAAGCUUUGUGGAGUCAUCCCUGAGUUCCACUUAUCAAGAUGUAGCUCAAAAAAAUCAUCAAGAACUUUCGUUAAAUUGAAAAUUGCAAUAUCGUUGUGA